AUGCUGUCGCUCACGGCCGCAGUGCCCUCCUCCCCCUGCUCCUCCUCCUCCUCCCUGCUCUUCUUCCGUCGGAAGGGCUGCUGCGGGUUCCCCAGAUUCUUCUGCUCUUCCUCUCCUUCCCAGGAAUCGUCUCCCACGCUGCCGCCGCCGGAGAAACAGGCUCUUCGCGGCAACCAUGCCGGCGUUCGCCUGGAGGAGAGUGUGGAAAGGAGCACGACCAGGUCGAGGGUCGACGCGUGGAUCUCAUCUCGGAUUGGCGGCGUCAGCAGGGCCCGCAUUCAGGCCAGCAUCCGCUCGGGGCUCGUCUCGGUCAACGGCCGCACCAUCGAUAAGGUUGCCCGCACGCUCUCAUUUGCAGACUUCUGCUGAUUGACCUAAAUUUGAGGUGGAUAAUCAUCUCCAGGGAAGGAUUCCAUGAUUCUGCUUGAAACUCUUUCGCCUCAAUCUUACCAGGUUUCGCAUAUCAUCAAAUCUGGGGACAAGGUUAGCUGUACAAUCUCCGAGUUGCAACCCCUGAGAGCAGAGCCAGAAGAUAUACCUCUGGACAUAGUCUACGAAGAUGCCCACAUUCUCGUCGUGAACAAACCUGCAAAUAUGGUCUCUCCAUGCUCAAAUAACCAUUUUUCUUAGUCUUUUUCUGAGGCUCCCACUCUCUCAUUAUCUUCUUUCUGAUUCAUCUCCAGGUUGUUCACCCUGCUCCUGGCAAUGCAAACGGCACACUCGUGAACGCAAUUCUCCACCAUUGCAAGCUUCCAUCGAUUACCUGUUUGGACCAGAGCGCAGACUAUGGGGAGGAUGGUGGCUCUGACUCUUCUGAUGGAGAUUCUAGUGAUUUUUUCUCCAUUGAUGUGAUGUCUAGGAGCCUGGAGGCUUCUGUACGUCCAGGCAUCGUGCACAGAUUAGACAAAGGGACCAGCGGAUUGCUCGUUGUUGCCAAGGUUAGAGCUGCCCAAGCUUGGUUCUAGUCGCAUAUCUCUGUUUUUAUCGAAGAAAUAAGCUACCCAUGUGGAUUCGAUGCAUGUUCGUGUUGCAUGAUGGAAUAUAUCUCUUGUUGCUUUCACCAUACGCCCCUCGAAUAGCUUCUUUCUUCUGCUCUUUAAAGCUACUACCCAUUCUCUUAAUGUUCUUAGUCAGUCCCUCUCCUCUCCUCUGGUAUCUCCCCUGGUACAGUGAACAUCCACAUUAUUGAUGGCUUAUUUGGGUAAUUGUUUCUUAACUUGACUAUUUAAUGCGAUUUUAUACGGCUUCCCAUCGCUAAGGCUUUUGAGGUUUGAUCAACUGGAUGCUUGAAAGUGAUGAGGGAUUUCAUAGGCAUUGUUUUGUUCUGUGUUCCAACACGAUAAUUUUUUAAGCAUGACAAAUAAUGAUGCUGCAAAAAAGUCAACGUCUGUACGUUGAUAUUUUUAAUAUUUAGUAGAAGUUGAGAAAAUCAACGACCCAUCUGUUGUUUAUUUUUUUUAAUAAUUAUAAUUAGAGGUUGAUCUGUAAUUAACAGUUUGUUGAAAAAUGGAUAUGGCUAAAAAAAAUGAGUGUAAGCUUACUGAUAAAUUAGCUUAAUGGACUUUUUUUUUUCUCCAGAAAGUUGCAUAAGCACUCUCCAGCAUGAAAUGAUCGCAUUUAAAUCUGCUUAUAAUGACGCUGCGAAAAAGUCAACUUCUGUAUGCUAGUAAGAAAGUCAACUACCCAUUUGUUGUUUCUCGUUUUUAAUAACUGUAAUUAGCGGCUGAUCUAUAAUUAAUAGCUUCUUGAAAAAUGGACAUGGCUGAGAAAAAUGACUGUAAGUUUACAGAUAAAUUAGCCUAAUAAUGAUCGAAUUUAAAUCUGCUUAUAAUUUGUUCUUCUUGAUUGUAGGACGAACAUUCCCACGCUCACUUGGCCGAACAGUUCAAGGAGCAUUCAAUUCGCAGAGUAUACGUCAGUCUCACCUCUGGAACCCCUUCUUCGACCUCCGGCAGAGUAGAGGUUCCGAUUGCUCGUGACCCCAUCAAUCGGAUUCGAAUGACUGCUAUUUCUGGGCUAAGCAACGCCAGAGGCGCUCGCUUUGCUGCCAGUAGGUGAUAUGAGCUCCUUUUUCCCAUAUAUAUAUAUAUAUUUAUGAGUCUGUGUCGAUAUUUAUUCAUGUAUGAAAGGACCUUGGUUCUGGAUGAUCCAUGGAGGUAAGAUCCCUUCUUCUUCUUCUUUCUCUGGCCCACCGCUGACUUUGACUUAUUCAGGUACAAAGUGAUUCAAGUUCUUGCCGGGGGCGGCUCUGCUCUGGUGGAGUGGAGACUAGAAACGGGCCGAACACACCAGGUACUUACUUGGAGAGUUUCCAUUUCAGGUGGGAUCUGAAGGUAACGGGCUUUCUUCACUGCUCCUCUCAUGGCUUCCAAGCAGAUCCGCGUACACGCCAAGUACCUGGGGAUACCUUUACUGGGGGACGAGGUCUAUGGAGGGACCAAGAGCCUGGCUCUCUCCCUCCUGAGGAGCAGGAGCCCCUCUGCUCACCGUGCCAGGGUUGACCAGACGGUGUCCAAGCUGCAGAGGCCCUGCCUGCACGCCCUCUCACUCGGGUAAUUUGCCAUUUCCGGUAUGCGCUCGGCCUGGCGAUGUUCUUCCCGGCUGAAAGUCGUCGCUGAUCUUUCAGAUUCAGGCAUCCCCACACGGGAAAGGAGGCAAAUUUUUCUUGCCCACCUCCGUCAGACUUCUCAGAGAUCUUGAGGGACCUCCAGAGCUUCACUCCGGGUGAUCAUCGGAGUUGA